AAAACACCCUAAACACGAAAAACAAGUCUUGCAAGCAUGCAAAGGCGUGGAGUAUCUACACCUUAGUUCAGUUUCUAUUACGGGAAAAAGAAAACGAAACCCUGCAUAAACUACAAUAGGCAAUAGGAUUUUCAUCAUUUGCUCAACAUCCAAAGAUAGUCAUGAAAAGCCUUGAAGACCCUACACGAGCAGCUUCUUUCUUCACUAUCCCGCAGAUGCUUUCUAUAAUUCUCUUCAUUGCUAUUGGGAUUCAGCAGAUCUUCAAUCACCAAAAAGAUGAUUUGUGUGAUAUAGAAGGAAAAAAACUCAGAAUUCUUUUGGUUGGAAAAACAGGGGUGGGGAAAAGUGCAACAGGCAACACCAUCUUGGGAAAAAAUGUUUUUAAAUCAUCCAUGUCGUUUGCCUCUGUGACUGGACAAUGUGAAAAAAGUCAUGCCGUAGUUAAUGGAAGAAGCGUCACAGUGAUUGACUCUCCGGGUCUGAUUGACACCAAGUUGAGUGAAGAUGAGACAAUCAGAAGAAUUAAACGCUGUAUUCCUCUCUCUGCUCCUGGUCCACAUGUCUUCUUAGUUGUGAUUCAGUUGGGCAGAUUCACUAAGGAAGAGGAAAAAGCUGUUGAAAUCAUCCAAGCAAUUUUUGGCAAACAAGUCUCCACAUACACCAUGGUCUUGUUUACUCAUGGAGAUCAACUGAAGGACACAAACAUUCUUGAACUUUUGAGUGAAAGUCCAGAACUGGUCAAGUUAAUCAAAACCUGCAAUGGACGAUACCAUGUGUUCGAUAAUUUAGAUAAGAAUCAAGAUCAGGUCAUUCAGUUACUGGACCAGAUUGAUCAAUUGGUUACUGCAAAUGAUGGGCAGCAUUACAGCAGUGAGAUGCUUGAGAGGGUGGAGAGAGCGAUUGAGGAAGAGAAACAACGUAUCCUGAAAGAGACAUUGGAGCAGAAAAUAAAAGAGAUAGAAUAUCUGAAAGCUAAACUUACAACCGACAGGCUUGAAGAAGAAAUAAAAAGGCUAAAUAAGAAAUAUGAUGAUGAUGCAAGAUAUAGGGCUGAAAUAUGCGAUUGUGUUCUAAAGCCAUUUUACAGAUCUUUUGACAUGGUAAAAAGCGGUUUGAAGUUUAUUAGAAAUACAAUAGGCCUUUGAAAAGACAAAUUAAUAUAGAUAUUUGAAAGCUGAUUAUGUCAAAGUACUAACUUUAUUACAAUAAAUGUUUCUUGACACCUCCUAA